AUGGAUAUUUUAGACAGAGUGAGCAAACUGAAUGAUCAAAUAGAAGUUAUACGGGCUGGUGGUAACGCAGAAGGUUUUCAAAUACGAGGUUCAGAUAUUGACCAAAUGUACGUUGAUAAAUUAACAAAAGUUGUAAGUACUAUUCCAAAUGAUAUCGGAAAGUCUGUAGCUCUCUUAAGAAUGGUAAAACCCUUCGAUGUUCCAAAAGGGUAUGUCAAACUGAUUGUAUUGACACCUUUUACUCCUCUACAACAUAUUCGAGAAGCGGCAACAAAAAUAUCUAACGAAUAUUUCCUUUCAAAUGAAGUUUUCCUGCGCUCCUUCCAAAGGCAUUUAACAAAAGGAGUUCGACAUGGACCCUGUAUGUUGGAGAAAGAUGAUUUUGGAACUGAACACGAUAGAGCAUUCUGCUUUGAAUAUAAAGACUGGCCGAUCUACGCCAAUGAAUGGGUCAGCAGGAGAAGAAAAUAUGGAUGGCCUUCAAGUGACCUCGUAAAAAACAUUAUGAGAAAUGGAUGUCAUCUGAUGGCAAUUGGAUCCAAAUCUCAAGAUUAUACUGAAUUCAAAUAUUCUAUGCCAGAGGAAAAUCCUCAGUGGAGAGAAGAUCCAUUCCAGUGGCGUUUGUCCUUCUCCGUAGCAGAGAAAAAACUCGUGUACUCAUUCAAUGACACACAGUUUCUCACAUUUGGAAUUUUGAAACUUCUAAACAAUGAAGUCUUUUCUAAAGACCCUAUAAUGAAAAAUUGUUUAUGUUCUUACUUUUUAAAAACUUUAAUGUUCUGGACAAUCGAAGACACACCAUCAGAAUACUGGAAACCCGAACGACUUGUAUUUUGUGUAGAGGUUUGCCUGAAACGAUUAAUUGAAUGGCUGGAUAUUGGAUUUUGUCCGAAUUACUUUGUAAGGGAAAAUAAUAUGUUUCAGGGUAAAGUUCGGGAAAGCGAGUUAAAGUUUACAUCUGAAAAUAUUUCAGAAAUAUACAAAGAAGGUUGGAGGUGUUUGCUACGUUGCCAUUCACUGUCGUACUUAAAAAAAUGUUUGGAGGAUGCAAGACGAACAAUGCCAUGUAUGAAUCAAAACGAAGAUUUUAAAUCACUGACAUCUUCUAGAAGACACGUUGAAAAUGAAGAAAAAGAAGAAGUUCACGACAUAGGAGUCUUUAGCGAAAUUAAUUCUAUGUUUGUAGCAAUUCCAGGGAGAGACCCUUUAGAGAAAGAGCUACGAAAUUCUGUAACAAUUGAAAUGACUGAAGAUUUGGACCGGGCGGAUUUGGAUAUUUUGCGAUUACGCAGUUACAGCAUUGAAACUGGGGAAAUAUGA